AUGUCGCCCCAACCCACCAAAACCCCUAAACCUCCCCCGAAAGCAGUCGCAGACUUCACCGUCCUACCCCUCACCCUCUCCCCGCUACCAGGCCUCCCCGACCAAUGCUCCACCGCAUUCCACUACAUGUACAUCAAACCGCACACGCCGUCUAUCCCAACCCCGUCCUCAGACCGCAGCCUCUUCAUCGCCAACCUCCCCAUCGACGCCUCUGAAUCCAGCCUCCGCACGCUAUUCUCCGAGCACCUCGGCGGCUCAAUGGUGGAGCGCGUAGAGUUCGACGCUUCUGUUCCUGCGGAGCCGAUGCAUAAGCGGUGGAAGAGCGAGGGCACGGGUGCUGUUACUAUGCAGGGGAAGAAGAGGAAGAGGGGGGAUGAUAAGGAGAUUGUGGCGGAAGGUGUGGUGGAGGAUGCGGAGAGUGCGUUACCGCCGCUUUGGAGUAAUGGGAUACGCACGAGUGGGAGUGCGGGGGUUGUGGUGUUUGUGGAUGGGAAGAGUGCGAGGGGGGCGAUGAGGGGGGUAUUGAGGGUUGUUAAGGAAGAGGGGGAGGUGGUGUGGAGGGGAGAAGAGGGUGGGAUGGGGGUGGAACGCUAUAAGUCGCAUAAUAACCUCAUGUACCCGCCGCCAUCUCUUCUUCAAUCUAGCUUGAAUGCGUAUCUAUCGCAAUUCAACGCUCUGGAAACGAUGCGGAAUCGACUUCGCAAGACGGCGCGGUCUAUACCUGACGAAGAUGGUUUCGUGGCUGUUGUCCGUGGCGGACGUGUUGGGCCUGCGCGCUUGGAAGAGGCGGAGAAGAAAAAAGCCGAGUUGGAUGAGCGCAAGAGGAAUCAUCGGGCUACGGAUGAUUUCUACCGGUUCCAGAACCGUGAGAGGAGGAAGAAGGCGGAAGGCGAGUUGAAGAGGCGGUUUGAGGAGGAUCGGAAGAGGGUGGAGGGUAUGAGGGAGAGGAGGGGGAAGGUCAGACCUGAGGCGUGA